GGUUACAUAGCGCUGCGUACGGGGUGGCCUUGGGCUCAGUUUGCGGAACUCUUGACGGGAGAACGUGUGGCGGCAGCUUUGCAUCCCUUCCUCUACUUUGCGUGCAGUGACCAUGGGAGACGUUGAGAAGGGCAAGAAGAUCUUUGUUCAGAAGUGUCCGCAGUGCCACACAGUUGAGAAGGGAGGCAAGCACAAGACUGGCCCUAACCUUCAUGGUCUUUUUGGCCGAAAGACUGGUCAGGCCGAAGGUUUCUCUUACACAGAGGCCAACAAAAGCAAAGGUAUAACCCGGGGAGAAGAUACACUGAUGGUUUACUUGGAAAACCCCAAGAAGUAUAUUUCAGGAACCAAGAUGAUAUUUGCUGGCAAGAAGAAGAAGAAGGGGGAGAGGGCAGAUUUAAUAGCAUACCUUAAGGAGGCCACUUCUAACUAAUGGCUUCUGCUCCCU